AUUCCGCACGAUCUAGACGGCGCCGUCGCUAGUAUAAGUUCGCACUUACAGACUGACGCGAGCUGAUGCACGGCGCAGUAUAUGCGGCAGAUGCAAUUAAAUCGCAAUUAUAUCGCCAUUCGCGUUCAGUAAAUAAUAUUCGUAAUAACUAAUCGACAACUGCAUGCUGGACAAUGGAACCCUUCGAAAUACUGUGCGGCAUUGCCGUUGUAAUUUUCGCUCUUUAUUAUUACCUCACGUCAAAUUUCGACUUUUGGAAGUCACGUGGCGUUCGUGGUCCACGACCAAUACCGGGGCUGGGUAAUUUUAAAGACGUUAUGCUUAAUAAAAUAUCCGUGGGCGAUUAUUUGACAGAAAUGUAUAACACCUAUAAAGAUGAACCAAUGAUUGGGAUAUUCGAUAAUAAAACACCAGUUCUUGUUAUACACGAUCUAGAUUUAAUUAAGGAUGUCCUUAUCAAAGAUUUCCUCGUAUUUCCUACUAGAGAAAUACCCAUUUCCGAAAAGGCCGAUCCGCUGUCGCAAAAUCUUGCCCUUUUGGAGCCGAAGAGGUGGCGACCGUUGAGAAUAAGACUGUCGCCUGUUUUUACAUCCGGUAAACUAAAGGAAAUGUUCUCUUUAAUAUCAGAGUGUGCUGAUAACCUUGUCCAAUACAUGGAAAAAGUAGUGAGCGAAAAUAAACCUGUCGAGUGCCGCGAGUUGACGGCCAAAUAUACGACCGACGUUAUCGGUACCUGCGCCUUCGGCAUCGAAAUGAACGCUUUGUCGGACGAAGACAGUGAAUUUCGCAAAAUGGGAAGAGAAAUAUUUAAUCCGUCUUGGAAAAAUAUAUUACAAUUCAGAAUGAGACAAAUGUUUCCGUGGCUUUACGAAUUAUCCGCGUACGUCCUACCACAAACAAAAACCACCAAAUUCUUCAUACGCGUUAUCGUGGAGACUAUGGACUACAGAGAUACGAAUAAUAUCAUUAGACACGAUUUCGUUGAUGUGUUGCGCGAAUUAAAGAAACAUCCAGAUAAAUUGGGCGAUAUUGAUUUGACGGAUAGUUUAAUAGCUGCCCAAGCGUUCGUAUUUUUCGCUGCUGGCUUUGAAACUUCGUCAACAACUAUUAGCAAUGCGCUCUAUGAGUUAGCAUUAAAUCAAAAAGUACAAGACAAUUUACGUCAAGAAAUUGACGAGAUGUAUGCGAAACAUGGUGAAAAUUUAACGUACGAUGAUAUAAAAAAAAUGGAUUAUUUGGAUAAAGUUUUUAAAGAAACAUUACGAAAAUAUCCACCAGUGGCAGUUCUUAGGAGAGAAUCUAUGUCCAGUCAUACUUUCGUUGGUAUCAACGUCAGUAUACCGAAAAGUCAAAAAAUAUGGAUUCCCAUUUACGCGAUUCAUCGAGAUCCGGAUAUUUAUUCAAAGCCAGAUGUCUUCGAUCCAGAAAGAUUUGAUGAAGAAACUGUGCAAAGCAGGCACCCGAUGGCUUAUCUACCUUUUGGCGACGGGCCAAGGAAUUGCAUUGGAGCGCGUUUCGCUGUUUAUCAGAGUAAAGUUGGACUUGUAAAGAUACUACGAAAUUAUAAAGUUGAGACUUGCGAGAAAACUCCAAUACCCUACGUAAACGAUCCUAAAGCACGUAUAUUAGCACCAAAAGGAGGACUACACUUGAAAAUAAUUAAAAUUAAUCGACUUUAAUUUUUUCAAGUUUUUCUCCAACUCUCCACAGAAAGCGUGAUAAAAAGUGAAGAAAAUCUGUCAAUUAGAAUGAUAGAAGUCAUUCU